CAGAAUUUCUGUCUUUAAAAAACCGCAUCAUACAUCAAAAUGGUGAAGGGAGACAAGCGAUCAUGGAAAGAAUCCCGAUUUAGCAUGCUUACAUCAAGCUUCCAAGAGAACGACCGGCUGUUCAUUGUAGGAGUUGAUAAUGUCCAAUCGAAGCAAAUGCAGGAUAUCAGAACUAAACUAAGAGGAAAAGCAUUUCUGCUGAAUGGAAAGAACACGAUGAUCAGGAAAGCUUUGAGGGGAUUGAUGAAUCAGGAAAACGGCGGUGCUUUCACAUCCCUUGAAAGAAUGUUUCCGACUGUCAAAGGAAACAUUGCAUUCGUUUUCGUGAAGACUGAUUUCGGCGAGGUUAGGAAGGUCAUCACCGAGGAAAGGAAACAGGCACCUGCAAGAGCUGGAGCAAUUGCACCUUUGGCGGUUGAAAUUCCUCCUCAAGCGACCGCUUUGGGACCUGAGAAGACCUCUUUCUUCCAGGCGCUGAAUAUUCCCACGAAGAUCACGAAAGGAUGUAUCGAAAUUCUGAACAAGGUCGAAUUGCUGAAGGAAGGGCAAAAAGUUGGAGCCAGUGAAGCCACUCUGCUGAACAUGUUGAAUAUAUCGCCAUUCUCAUAUGGUUUGGUCAUUCAGGCUGUCUAUGACCAGGGUUCUGUCUACUCUCCUGAGAUCUUGGACAUCACUCCUGAAGACAUUGCGGCCAAAUUUGCGAUUGGACUUGGCAACUUGGCUAGUUUGUCUCUGGCAAUGGACUACCCUACGAAAGCUUCCUUGCCACACUCAGUAGUCAAUGGGUUCAAAAAAUUGAUCGCAGUGUGCCUUGAGACAGAAUAUACCAUAAAACAGGCUGAAGGUCUUUUGACCCUGCUGUCUGACCCCGAAGCUCUGGCAGCAGCCCAAGCAGCAUCUGCCGCUGUUUCCGGGCCAGCCACUGGAGGAGCCCAAGCCGAGACCAAGAAGGAGGAAGCCAAGAAAGAAGAAUCGGAGGAAGAGUCCGAUGAUGACAUGGGAUUCGGUCUCUUUGACUAACCUUCCAGAACAUUCUAGAACAAAAUUCUGGAACAUUUUCGUGGUCUGCUGAACUAGUGUCACCGAUAAUUCUUCAACAUGAACAAUUGUUUUUAAAAGACAAUAUGCUGAAGUAGUUGCUGAUGCAUUAGUUGUUGUGGAUCUGUUUCUGUUCUUUGAUGAGUGUUGAUGGAAUAUUUUAAUCGAAGAUCGAAUUUAAUUUUCCGUCUCGUAA